AUGCCACGCUUGUCUAAGAAGGACAAGCAGAGGAAGGAGGCCUGGACUAUGAGCAUGGAGGCUCAAAGAAGGAAGAGGCAGCGUGUUGACCUUGAAGCCACUGCCCCUCUCGCCGUCACACCACAUGCCACCCCGCUACUCCCUCCCACGGUGGCAGCUGCUCGCUCUACACCACAGCCCGGCACAUCACAAGUGCAAGAAAGAAAAGCAGAUGAAGAUAAGGCCUCUCUACUCACCAUCAGAGAAGAACUUCUGCAAACUCUUCAGACGAAUGAAGAUGCAGACAGUGACGAAGAGUUUGUCAUUCUGACAAAAAAGAGGCUGAAAAAACUGACUUCAUCUCAUUGUUCCUGUCCUGAUCCUGCCUUAGAAUACACUUUCAAGCCUAAGUUGUUCGAGAAUGCCGUAACUAUACGCUGCACAACCUGCAACUUCAACAACACAUCGCGGCCAGAAUUUGUGGAAGCUGGAGCUCACAAGAAAAAGAUCAGCAGGGCCAACAUAGUCUUCAUUUACCUGUCCAUAAUAGAAGACACUGGAUUUGCGGGUAUGAGACGAAUGAUGGGUGGCCUAGGAAUGCCUCUAGUUGGAAAAUUCAAGUAUUACAGACACCUGAGCUAUUUAUGUGACAAGACCCACUACAACAGCAAACAAGCAGAAAUUCACUCAGCCAUCAGGAGGUAUUAUGAAGAGAACACAUCAAAGAAGGCUGAUGCAGAUGGUGUCUUGAAGCUUGACGUCUCAUUUGAUGCGACCUGGCACACAUCCAAAGUUGGCAUGAGUGUGAUGAUCGAAGUUCAUACAAGCUUCAUCAUAGACUACGAGAUUCUCAGCAAGUACUGCCAUGGAUGCACCCUGAAGAAAAAUCAGUUGAAGAAGAAGAGCGUCACUGAAGAAGAGUACAACACCUGGAAGACCAAACAUGAUGCUGAAGGAAGCUGUGCAAUCAACUAUGACGGUCCGUCUGGUGGGAUGGAGGUAGAAGCAGCCCGACGUCUCUUCGCACGUUCCCGAGACCUGAAAUUCGAGUAUGAAAACUUGGUUUCAGAUGGAGAUGCCAACUCCUACAAAGCAGUUCUAGCCAUGAACAACGGGAAUGGCCCAUACCAGCACACUCAAGUGACCAAGAUAGAAUGCAUCAACCAUGUGCAGAAGAGAAUGGGGACGCGGCUCAGGAAGUUACGCGAGCAGGAAAAGAUCGACACAACAACAAGGACUGGCAGCAAGAUUCGCAGAAGUCUUCUUGGCGGACGCAACAAGUUGACCGACAAUGCCAUUGACAAGAUGCAAAGUUUCUUUGGCAAACACAUCAGGGAUAAUGUUGGUGCAGACUAUUUGACAAUGAAAAAGGCUGUCAUGAGUAGUUUUCAUCAUAUAUUCAGCACUGAUGAGAAUCCCCGCCAUGGACUUUGUAAAGAAGGCAUCAACUCUUGGUGCUUUUACCAGAAAGCACUAGCUGAGGGCAAGAAGAAAGAAGAAAUCAAGCACAAGAAAUCCCUGGUGGUCAACCUUGAUCAAGAGGCCCAGAAGAAAAUAAGGCAAGUCUACGAUGCUCUCACAACGAGACAUCUUGGAGAGAUGUGUCCGUGGACUGACACAGAAUGCCAAUGAGAGCUUUCACAGCAAGAUGUGGGCACGGGCAAGAAAAACAAAGUUUGCUGGCCUCAGUAGACUGUCAUUUGUUGCACAGUCAGCAAUACUGGACCAUAACUAUGGUUACAGGAAAGCGUGUUUGCUGCCAACACUCAACAUCAACCCGAAAGCUCUAAGAAGAUCUCUCACAGCAGCAGAUCAAGAGAGAAGGAUGCACCACCAAGCCCAGCAAAAGCCAAAGAAAAAGGAGAAAGCAUCAGCAGACUACGAACCUGGUGGCUUCUAAGCAUGAAACCUAGCAACAAAGAGGAGUGUGGGCAACUCUGACACCCGUUGCUUGACAAGAUAAUACCUUGCCUUUACGAAGGCAGGGGGGGACUAGGUGCCUAAUAUGCUUAAAAAUACAUGUGCAUGUAUUAUCAGAUUGAAGAUGAUAAAAAAAAACUCAUAGUAAACCUGAAAAAAGCUUCCUAGUGUGUUUUAACGGGAUCGCGAUCCAUCAAUAAACUUUAUCAGCCCAUAUCUCAAAACAUAAGUUAUUCCCCUUCUAACGUUAACCUUGGAGCCAGUUUUAGCUUGAUUUCAAUGAAACAAAGACUAAAAGGCAGAGGAAUACUUUCUCUUCAAAUCAUCGUCGCUGUUUUUUUUAUAUAUGUCUGGUUUAAUUUUAUAUUAAUAUUUUUUUGGUCAAAAAAAGGCAAAAAAAAACACAUUUAAAAAAAAAAUCAUAAAACAAAUUCAAAAGCUGAAAUGAAAAUCUAACGACGAAGAAACAUUUCAUAUUAUAACGUCUCUAAGUCACAGAAAAAUGAAGGUUGUGGGGCCAAUAAUAACGACGGAGAUUCGCUUUUAAAUUUUCGUUGUAGUUGUAGUUGGAGGGGGGGGGAGGGGGACAAGAAUGGGGGUCAAUGUCUAAUGUUGAUGUAAAUGAUGCCAAUACUUCACAACAUAAAAAUCAGAGCGAUUCAUGCAUAUUUACCGGAGAUAUGGCACCCCCGAUCUAAACCGGACUCCCCCCUUAAAAUUACCUAAAAAAAACAUGCCAAACUGCCUAACCUAACCUAACUGUUCUUCAUUGCUCCACGUUUUGUCUUGUAUUUUGGGUAUUCUUCAUCACUCCAUGUCUUGUGUGUUACUUUGGGUGUUGUUCAUCACUCCAGGUGUUAUAGAAGGUUUGUGUUGUGGUAUGCCUUCCUGGUUUAACGUUCCUGGCAGCGGUGUCUCUCCUUAGCAGCAUUCAGGGACUCUUGACUUGACU